CACAUGCCACGAAAGUGAAAUCUGGGAUCUGUCAGUGGUUGAUUGACAUAUAAGUCUGGCAAACAAUCUAACUGAUGCUGCGUGUUCGAGAAAUGUUUGGAUAAGAACUCAGGACUCUUUGAAAGCUCAUACAGUAGGCAAGAAAAAAAAACUCACCUAGUGCAUGAAUCAUUGCACUGAUAUGUAAGCAUGUUGUCAGGUGCUUAUUAUCGCACCACAUGGGAUGCAGUGUUUGCAGGACUCGGCUGAACUCAGGCAGAGCGCUGUCCAGAGUGCCGCUGCCUUUCACCAUGCUUUUGCUUUUCAUCUACCUUUUUCACUGCCUGAGUGCAUUUUGCGACUCUGCGCCCAAAAUCACUGAUCGUCCAUAUCUGGUGAGGCAGACGAUCCCGGGUGGAGUGCAUCCAGCGCGCGAGGAGCUCCGACGCAACGAGACGGUGUACGCGCACGUCAGCGCGCUCCCGGAGCCCAUCAAGUCGGAAAACAACGGCGGGGAAAGUGGAAUCCCUGUUUCCAACACGUACGGAAAUAAGAAGUUUCCCCAGGCCAUUAUAAUUGGCGUGAAGAAAGGGGGCACCAGGGCGCUGCUGGAGUUUCUGCGCGUUCAUCCAGAUGUGCGCGCUGUGGGUUCCGAGCCGCACUUCUUCGACAGAUUCUACAACAGGGGUCUGGAGUGGUACAGAAACUUGAUGCCAAGGACCCUUGAUGGCCAAAUUACAAUGGAAAAGACCCCCAGUUACUUUGUGACCAAAGAAGCCCCUUCCCGUCUGUGUGCUAUGAACUGCGACACCAAACUUAUUGUGGUAGUGCGGGAUCCAGUGACCAGAGCUGUGUCUGAUUAUACACAGACUCUGACCAAAAGCCCUGGACUUCAGUCUUUUCAGACACUGGUGUUUAAGAACUUCAGCUCUGGCGUCAUUGACUCUUCAUGGAGUGCUGUGCGCAUUGGCAUGUAUGCCCAGCACCUGGAGAACUGGCUUCAGCACUUCCCACUAUCCAGCUUCUUGUUUGUAAGUGGUGAGAAAUUAGUGAGUGACCCAGCCGGUGAGGUGGGUCGUGUGCAAGACUUUCUGGGUCUCAAGCGCAUUGUUAGUGACAAGCACUUCUACUUUAACCAGACCAAGGGUUUUCCAUGUCUAAAGAAGCCAGAGGGCAGCAGUAGGCCACGUUGCUUGGGCAAAUCCAAGGGUAGGACUCACCCUCAUAUUCCAACAGAUGUGCUUCAGAAACUCAGGGAGUUUUACAGACCCUUCAACCACAAGUUCUACCAGAUGAGUGGCCUUGAUUUUGGCUGGGACUGAAGCUUUGCAAGUAGAGUUGGAUUUAAAAGGCAACUUAACAAAAGCCAUUUGCACAUGUCAGUAUAUUUACUUUAUUUACACACUCUAAAAUGGAGGGGAUGUAACUGAAUAUAACCAGAUGCAGUCCUAAUAAGUAUUCAACAGGUUCUAAUAAGGUUAAUUAGGUCUACUGGAUCCUGAUAUUGUGCAAUGCACAGCAUACUGUAUAUGUUGCUAAAUGCAAGGUCUUUCUUUGUAUUAACCAGUUUUUAAAAUGGAAAAGUAGCUCACCAAUGAUAGACUGCAUAUAGUAAUAUGCAAACACUGAAAUAUUAAUCCUGGAAAGACUUGUGGCUUAAAAUAGCUCAGUAGCCAGAGUGUUAUGCCAGGCACAGUAUAAUUUAGUCCUUUCAAACAUAGUGUAUGACUUAAGGUUUUUUUUAGAAGACAUUGUUUUCGGGAAUGUUCUCUGAAAAGGUUAUCAUGUACUGUAUAUUUAAGUAUUUUAAAAUGUAAAUAUAUUUAUAUUUUGCAAUUGUACUGCAUAAGCA